UGAAUUCCUCUGUACUUUUGACAAAUGUUAGUUAGGUUGCGUGUUGGCAUGUGAUUGGCUCACAAGCACAUAACAGAUAAUCAUCCGUCAACAAUAAUUGGUGUGGCCUUUUGACAAUGCUGAUAACUUGAAGUUCUUCCCCCUUUAAUCGCUGCUCAAUUUACACAUGAUAAAUGUUUAUAUCUAUCUCUAAAAUCUUUGUACUUGCAACUCAACUCCAAUACGGUCUUACGUCCUAUAUAUAUAACAGUAAAUCAACCUACACACUAGUUUAAAAUUUAUAAAAAUCAAUCUUAAUGGAACAUAAUUAUCCGACUCCAGACUCUCUCCCGCUCCAAAGCCAGCUCCAGCGCAUUCUCCAGAGCCAGAGUGAGCGGUGGGACUACGCCAUCUUCUGGAGCGCAUCGAGAGGCGUGGACGGCGUCUUCCUGUCGUGGGGCGCCGGCUACUUCACCCCUACAACCACCAAGCCUGAAUCCGAGUGGUUCUUCAUGGCCUCCAUCACCAGACUAUUCGCGGCCACCGAAGACCUCGUCUACCGAGCUCUCGCCACGGCCUCGAAUAUCUGGCUGGUCGGCCACCAGCAGCUCAGCCUCUGCGGCUCCGAGAGGGCCAAAGAAGCUGAGCUACAUGGAGUCAGAACCCUCGCUCUCGUACCGACUUGUAACGGCGUUGUCGAAUUAGGCUCCUCUGAUUUGAUCAAGGAGAACUGGUCGCUUAUCUACAUGGUUGCCAACUCUUUCGAUCCUCAGAUUCAAUCCGCCUCAUCAGGGUCGUCUGAGAAAGAACAGACUCCGGAGAUUGACAGAUCUCCAGCUGCCGAAAGCCGAAAGGCAAAGGUUCCGGUGAAUCAUCAGGCGGCGGAGAGGAAGCGCAGGGAGAAGCUGAACCAGCGAUUCUACGCUCUGAGAAGCGUGGUUCCGAACGUGUCAAAGAUGGACAAGGCCUCGCUGCUGGUUGACGCGGUCACCUACAUCAACCACCUCAAAUCAUCGGUCGCUAGCUUGGAAGCAAAAUGUGUCAAAAUUAGGAACACAGCAGCAUCAUCCGCAGCCAGGAGCAGAGCCUACAAAAUGGAGAUUGAGGUGAAGAUGUUAGGAGCGGAAGCGUUGAUUCGAGUCCAAUCCGACGAUGUUGAUCACCCCUGCGCGGGAGUUAUGGACGUGCUGAGGGAGUUGGGGUUGAAAGUGAAUCGAGCGAGCUCCUCAGCAGUUGGAAAUGUUAUGUUUCAAGAAAUUGUUAUUAGAGUUAGUGAUGGUUUGUGUAGUGAGGAAGCUAUUAAAGCAGCUAUACUUGGGAAAUUCUUACCCUAAAACCUAAAAUCUACUGCACAUCUUAUGUAAUUCAAUGUUAUAUUAUAGUACUAUGACCUCAUGUUUCAUUCUA